UCGGUUUAUUCAGUUUGAUCGGUUUAUAUACCAAAUCAUAUCCAUAUACCGAGUUUUUAGAAAGAAAAAAAAUUCAUUUAGUAUAUGUGAUUCUAUCAAAUCCAAACCACUUUCUCUAUUUCGAUUUGGUUUUACCGGAUUGGACAUCGUCAGUUCCACUUCAUCACUUUAUCUUGUUUCUGCCACCGAAAUGUUAAUAAUAGUAUGGAAGAUCUUUCGAUAUUAUUGUGGCAAGUAUAUUUUAAAUAGGAAUAGGGAAAUUUUGAGCAAAAAAAAAAGUAUAGGAAUAUUGGAGUCGGUAAUAACAUAUAUAACCGGAUAACUUAGGAAGGUUUAAGAGCCUCCUCCUGACCCGAUAAUGUCUCCUCCUCUGAUGAAAGUCAGAAAAGUAUCUUCAUUCAUCGCGGGCAAGAGACCAAGAGAAGAUGAUAAUGAUCCGUCGUCACCCUCACCACUUUCUUGGUUGCCCGACGAACUUGUUUUGCAGUGCUUACUCCGCGUCCCAAAAACCUACGACCUAAACCUCUCUUACGUUUCCAAAACCCUAAGGUCUCUUGUUCGCUCUCCUGACCUCCACCGUUUGCGCUCUUCCCUCCCUAAAAACUCCAUCUAUGUCUACUUCCGCGGAGAAAAAACUCUUGAACCGAAACAAUAUUGGUUCACUCUCCGUCAGAUUCAGAGUUCGAAACCGGAGAUUGAGUAUCAGUUGAUUCCGGUUAAUAACUUGCCUUCUCAUCCUUUUAUGUACCACUCUUCAGCCAUAGCGGUUGGAUCAGAGAUAUUCUUCGUUGGUGGAUUAUCCAAACCUUCUUCGGAUCUUUGGAUUCUUGAUACUCGUUCUGGAGAGUUGUCGCAAGGACCAAGCAUGAAGGUGGCUCGAACUUGUGACUCCGUCGUGGGAGUAAUCAACGGGAAGAUACACAUGAUCGGAGGGUGCCUAAACAAGAAGAUUCAAGUCGAGGUUUAUGAUCCAAAAACGCGAAGCUGGACAGUAGGCGAGGGUCCUGACGAGAGGUUUCGACUCGGACUAAUUACGAUGACGCAGUUAACUGCGUCGCUCGGUUGGAAUGUUUAUUCUGCUGAAACUGCGAAAAUCAAUGUGUACAAUGCGAGACAAGGUGGAAGACUGGAGACUGUGAAGAUGCCAAGUGAUGUUGUCUGGUGCAUGUGCGUAGUCGCUGAUUUGCUUUAUGCUUACUAUUUUCGUGAAGGGUUGAUGUGGCUCGACGCAAAGCGUAAGAUAUGGAAAAGAGUCAUUGGUGUUGGCUGUAAUGAUUUGAAGGCACUUGGUGUUAAUUUUCAUGACGCUGUAAUGGCGGAAUAUAAUGGAAAGCUGGCGAUUUUGUGGCCCGAGGCCGAGGGUAAUCAUUUAGAUAGGACGGAGAUAAGAAUUAGGUGUGCGUUGAUAGCGUUGGAUUGGGUUGGAGAUGGAAUGCGUGAGAGGAUUGAGUGGUCUGGCACCGUAGCCGAAAUGCCAGAUAAUUAUUCUUUUCAUAAAAUUUUUGUUGUUUCUGGGUGAGGUCCAUUUAUUGUUUAGUCACCCUUCCCCGCUAUUUGUAAAAUAUGGCUGUAACAUGAGCUCUGCCUGACUGUUUUUUUUUUUUUUUUGAGAAACAAUUACUGUUUAAGUUCUUUGCAAUCUUUAGACAAGUUGUUUUGCAUGUCCUUACUAUAUAUAUAAUCGACUUUGGAUAUACAGAUUCUUUUUUUCCAUCAGUUGUAUAAAAUAUACAGUUUUUUUUUUAUGUGCAUAUAGACUCUUCCUGGUAUAGAACCUUGAGAAUUUGACGCUGACCUUUUUGAGGAAAAUGAGAGGAAGAAAGAAUCUUGCAACACUCACAGCCGUUACAUUUUUGGUAGGUUCUCAGGAUUACCUGCAGAGUCUGUCUCCUAGGUAAUCUUGUUACCAAAGGGAUAGUGACCUCUUCUGUUGCAUAGUUGUUCAAUCGUUAUUUGAUUGAGAACAGACUUUAUGAUUUGAUUUCUAUUCUGAGUCGUGGAAAGAUGGAAACUCAUUGAUAUCGCGAACUAGUGAAAGUUUUCUGCUUUUCCAUUGCUUGAAGUAUGCUGCAUUCAAACGUUUGUCACUUGUCCGGAGUCCUUCAACUGAUUUCCUGCACAUCUCUAUUUUCUGCAUUUCUAAAUUUUGGUAUUUUAACAUUGAUAUUGAUGACACUGGUAAGAUUCAGUUAGUGAAACAUGGGGAAAGGCAUUUGAACACUUCAACUUUGGUAUUGUCUCAAUUCUGUUGGAACUAAAAUUAUUCUAUAACUUUGGUAUUUAUAGAAUAUUUAAUAUUCAAGCAUGGCCCCUCUCUCAGAUUUAUUCUAACCCUGUGGUGUUUCGAAUAUUUUUUAUCUACUCGAAUAUGGAUUAUUUAUUUUAACUGCCUAUUAAAUACAUUUACUUUCUAUGGAUAAUAUGUUAUAUCUUGAAAAGUCGAAAUGAUAAGAUUUAUAAGAACGAAGAUGAAAAUCCAGAAAAUAUUAUGAAUGUAGCGGACAUAGAGGAAGCUUGUGGCAGAUGCGCAACUAUAUAACUCAUAAAUUUCUGAGAUAAAGUAUGUUAACCAACCAAGCCAACAAAUGGGAGAUAUAUAUGAGAUGGUAUUAUGUGGAUGGAGCUUGGAACGAACACGACAGUUUUACAAGCUUGAUAAUGGUUUUGCAGCAGAGCCGUGCUUCAAGUGUAUCCAAAAAGGCUUUCGCCUAGGGCCCCCAAAAUAUAUAGUUUUUUUAGGGCUCCAAAUUUCCAAAAAUUAUUAGUAGUAUAUUGGUUUAAGUUUGUCAUUUAUUAUUCAAUACAAGUUCAAUUAUCUACAUUGCUUUUUAAAAAAAUGAGUAUUUUAUUUUAUUGUCAAUUUUCCAAAUUGAAAAAAUGAAUAUAUGUUUUAUAUGUCAAACUCCUAAAUAAAAAGGAAAAAGUGCAGCUUUAUAUACCAAUCUUGACGAUUCCAGUUUCUGUCGCCACUGCUGAAAGAAGCUUUUCCAAGUUAAAGCUAAUAAAGUCUUAUCUUCGAUCAACCAUGUCACAAGAAAGAUUAAAUGGUCUACCAAUUAUAUCGAUCGAGAGAUAAUUAGUUAGGAAUCUAGAUUAUGAUAAUUUGAUUAAAGAGUUUAUUGAAAAAGAGGGAAGAAAAAUUUUGCCUUAGUUUUUUAAAGUUAUUGUCUUAAUAUUUUUUUUUCAAAUAUAUAUUGUACCAUGA